AGCCUAUGCUACUGGCAGUCCAUGUAUAUAUAGUCAAAGUCAAAGGUAUCAACUGCUGUGUACAAUAACUUAUUGUUAGACUCAAAGCCUGAACUCGACAUGUGAAGCGAAUUGAUUAUUCAUUAUUCAAGAAAUUGUAAACCGAAUUUCUUGUAUUUUCGGGCAGAUAACAAGGUGACAAAGGAUGAACUGCGAAAUUAGUUUCACAGACAUGUGCCGCGCUUGCAUGAAAGUUGAUGGGAAUUUACUUUCGAUGUAUGAUGACGAAAAUGACGCUAUUAGGCAAAAGAAUUUUCCAAACAAAUUAUCGGACCUCACUUCGAUCCAGAUUGAUAGAUUCGACGGAUUACCAACUAUGCUUUGCGCCAAGUGUGCUUAUCGGACUGAUGCGUUUUACGAUUUCAAAUUACAAGUGCAAGCUACUGAAAAGAAAUUGAGAAGGAUGUUUGACAUGCAGAUUCGUUACUCAGAAAAGGACGAAAAUUCUGAAGAGAUCUACUCGGACCUGAAGUAUAAUUUAGAACCUAAACAGGAGUUAAUAAUUAAAGAAGAAAAUGAACAAACUGUUCAACUGUCAGAAAUUCAAUUGACGAAUGAAAAUAUUGUCUUAAAUAAAAUGGAUGUGUCAGAAUUGCGAGGCUUCAUUGUUUCGAAAUUGUCUAAAGAUGAAAUCGAUCAAUGUAAACGUUUGAGAAGCGACAUUACGGAUGAGUUCCCGAAAGUAUUUGAAUAUCAACAAUCGGACUAUACUAUCAUGUACAUACCGGAGAAUAUCUCAUUAGAAAAUGAUGAGAGUUCAUAUUCUUGUGAUACGGAAAUGAAAAUCGAAGAGAAAAAAUUUAAUUUUUCUGGAGUCUCAGGCGAAAUUUUGGAAAAAACAGAAUUUUUAAACGAUCUGAAACUGGAUGAAAUGGAGGUAGAAGAAUUGCCAGGUAACUUUGAUCUUGAGUUAGGUGGAAACUCGAAAAUGAUCAGAAGUAAAAGGAAGGAAGAUGACAUGGAACCAAUGGAAACUAAAAUCAACCUCCAAAGAGCUUUCAAAACUAGGAAAAGGGGUAAAAGAAAUGAAGUUAAGACUACAGAAAGUAGUUCGAGCCUCGAGGAGGCUAAAACACCUGAAAUCACUUGUUUCAAUCAUGAAUAUGCGCCGAAAUCCAAUAGUUCGGAAGAAGAAGUAAAGAAAGAUGAAACUUGUCAAGAUACCGAAGAUUCGGACUCGGACUAUUUCGUGGAUCCCAAAGAUAAUAUCUUAGGCAGCUUAAAUGAUGCAAUAACUCGAAUAAAAGAGAUCAAACUCGGUGACAAUACAUUGAAUUAUCAAUGUACUCUAUGUUUACAGAAUUACGAAAAGCUAACUGAAGUUUUGUUACACACUAUAGACAAUCAUGUGCCUAGUAGCGGUCCAUUCUUUUGCGUCGUCUGCGAGAAAGAUUGCGAGAGUCAUAAGGAGCUCAGGUCUCACGUGAAAAUUCAUACAGGUCGCUUCCCGUAUUCUUGUUUCAUUUGUAAUAAAGCUUAUAGUAUGAAGAGAUACCUGAAGAGGCAUAUGAUGUGCCAUGCAGACUUUCCUAGGCACCGUUGCCCUAAAUGUGGACUCAGAUUCAACGCGAAAACCGAAUUGACUGAGCAUAUCGGGACGCAUGUUCAGGGAGCUCCUUUCGCUUGUAGUCAGUGUCCAAGAUCAUUCAAUCACAAGGGGAAUUAUAAGAGGCAUUUGAUUAGCCACUUGGAUCCACAAGGACUGCAUCUACCAAAGUAUCCUUGUCAGGUUUGUGGAAAACGGUUUCUGAACAAUCGAACUUUAGAAACGCACAUGCGAGUGCAUACAGGUGAGAAGCCGUUCAGGUGCGAAGUCUGCGGCCGAUCAUUCUCGCAGCAAGGAAAUCUAUUAAAUCAUACGAGAAAUCAUUCGAAUCCAAGAAGCUAUACCUGCGAAGUCUGUGGGAAGCGGUUCAACCAAAAAGCAACGUUGAGAGACCACAGUUUGCUCCAUACAGGAGAGAAACCAUACGUUUGCAACGUUUGUGGUAUCGCGUUUACCUUCAGCGCUGCAUUAAGGAGGCAUAUGUGGACUCACACGGGAGGCAAGCCGUUUGGCUGUGAAAUAUGCAAUGCGAGAUUCGUUGGCAAAUACGAUUUACGGAGGCAUAUGAGGAUACACGCCGACAAGCCCAAAGUUAAAAAGAAAAAAUCUGUGUCCAGAGAAGAAGAGAAUGUCGCGACUGAGGACACACAAACUGUUUUAAUAGAGCAAGUGCUGUUGACUGAGGACGUUGUGCAAGUUGUAAAUCAACAAGAAUCUGAGAAGGAAAAUGUGGACGCAUUGUUUAAUCUAAUACAGUAUAGCUAAUUCUCUAUUUGCAUUAACGAGAAAGUGUGAAUUUGUAUAUAUUUCGUUAUAAUAAUUGUAAUUUAAUCAAAUCUCAAUCCGAAUCUGUCCAUAUUUAAAUAUGAAUACAUGGAUAAGUAAAAUAUGUUAUGCCACAUCGAGAUUAGCUGUCAGUACGACUUUAUCAUAGACUUCACUUGUUUAUUAUAAUAAACUGUGGAAUCUUGAAAAUUGA